AUGCGUGAGCCUCCGGCCGCCACAUGCAUCCGUACUGGCGACAGAAUUGCUAGUCGAGUAGCAAAGAAAGUCAAGACAUCACUAGAUACAAGCAGCAACAACUUCGUCUACAGUCCAAGAGCGCGUCGUUUGAAACAUCCGCUGGGUGUUAAACCUAUUGGCAACUACUUCGAAGACAUUAUCAAUGGCGUUAUAGAGUGUCGUACAUCAGGUUUAGGCAGACUGGGAAUACUGCCGGAUAUUCAGAUACUUUCACUAUUGAAUUAUUUCUCGGCUGUGGACUUGGUGAACUUGGCAGCUUGCAGUCGCGCUGCCUACGUGUACGCCACACACGACGAACUAUGGCGAGUGCUGGUGCUUGAACAAAUGCAGGCACAAUUUAAGCCCAAGUCUACAUGGAAAGCUACGUACUUGAACACCAAGUAUGAUGACAAGGUAAAAGAUGGAGGCUCAAUUCAUGUGCAGGGAGUGUACUCCGAUCUAUUGUUUCAGUCUUUUUAUUGUGCAGCUGCACCAAUUGAAGAAACGUGGCUGAUGAUAGAAAAUAUUGAGCGUCGAAGUGCUACAAACAUGACGGUAGCAGACUUUAAGAGGGAUUUUGAAGGUCCUAAUCUACCGGUGAUCAUCACGGGUGCUAUUGACAACUGGGCGGCGAUGGACAAGUGGACGGAUGAGUACUUAGGUGACGUUUGCAAGGGCACGACAUUCUACGCUGGCGGGUUUCAGUUCCCUAUGGAUGCUUAUUUGAACUAUGCACGCGUGUUGCAGGAUGAUCAACCACUGUUUGUUUUCGAUAAAGAGUUUGCUACGAAGGUGCCCCAGCUUGCAAAAGACUACGUGGUGCCUGAAUACUUUUGUGAGGAUUAUUUUGCUCUCCUCGAUGAGAAGAAGCGACCGGACUAUCGCUGGCUCAUCAUUGGUCCCAAGAAAUCUGGUUCCAGCUUUCACAUCGACCCAAAUGCUACGAACGCGUGGAACAGCGUGAUUCGAGGCAGUAAGAAGUGGAUCAUGUUCCCUCCUGGCCAAGUCCCGCCUGGAAUUCAUCCAAGCGAGGAUGGUAGCGAGGUGUCUACGCCAGUGUCUCUAAUGGAGUGGUUCGUGACGUUUUACAAGGUUGUGCAGAAGUUGCCUGCACAUCUAAAGCCGUUAGAAGGCAUUUGCCGUGAGGGCGAGACUAUGUUUGUACCGCAUGGCUGGUGGCACACAGUGCUUAAUAUCGAGGAGAGUAUCGCUGUGACUCAGAACUUUGUAAGUUCUGGCAAUGUGAAGAGUGUGUUGAAUUUCCUGUCAGAGAAGCCAGAGCAAGUGUCUGGCUGCUCAAUAGAGCAGCGUUCUAAGCUAAGCGGGAUGUUUCGAGACGUGAUGACCAACCACUUUCCGGAACUUUUUGCCAAGGUGACCAAGGAAUUACAGGAAGAAAAUGAGCGCAAGAAUCGUAAAACCAAAUGGGAAAUGCUUAUUGCUGAAGCCUCGAACGAGAAUGACAUAGCAUUGACUGAUAGAGCAAUGACAGCCAGCUGUGGGAGCACUUUCGGAUUUGGCUUUAACUUUGACUAG